UGCCCCCUUCCCGGGCGGGGUCCGGGAUCGUUUCUUUCUCUGUUCCCACGACUAAGGAAGGGUCUCGCUAUGCGGGCGCUUGCGCAAGGCUGGCCACUGGCACUACUGCUGGGGUUCUGUUACGCGCGGAAGCCACCUGGCAAACCUCGCAAUGUUCUCCUUAUUGUAGCUGAUGAUGGUGGUUUUGAGAGCGGUGCGUACAACAACACAGCCAUCAAUACUCCAAACCUGGAUGCCUUGGCCCGGCAUAGUUUGAUCUUCCGGAAUGCCUUUACCUCUGUCAGCAGCUGUUCUCCCAGCCGGGCCAGCCUCCUGACAGGCCUGCCCCAGCACCAGAAUGGGAUGUAUGGGCUCCAUCAGGAUGUACAUCACUUCAACUCCUUUGACCGUGUUCGUAGCCUUCCUCUACUGCUCAGCAAGGCAGGGAUCCGGACAGGGAUCAUUGGGAAGAAACAUGUUGGACCGGAGGCUGUGUAUCCCUUUGACUUUGCCUACACUGAGGAGAAUGGCUCUGUCUUGCAGGUCGGGAGGAAUAUCACUCGGAUCAAGCUACUUGUUCGGAAAUUCCUCCGCAGCCAAGAUGAAAAGCCUUUUUUCUUCUAUGUUGCUUUCCAUGAUCCUCACCGCUGUGGCCACUCUCAACCCCAGUAUGGAGCCUUUUGUGAAAAAUUCGGCAAUGGAGAGACUGGCAUGGGCUGGAUCCCAGACUGGAAACCACAACAUUACAGCCCAGAUCAAGUGCAGGUACCGUAUUUUGUGCAGGAUACGCCAGCUGCUCGUUCAGAUUUGGCUGCUCAGUACACAACAAUUGGCCGCAUGGAUCAAGGUAUUGGCCUUGUCCUGGAGGAGCUGCACAAUGCUGGCUUCAGCAACAAUACACUUGUGAUCUACACAUCAGACAACGGCAUCCCCUUCCCCAGUGGCAGAACCAACCUGUAUUGGUCAGGCACAGCUGAACCCCUCCUCAUCUCUUCCCCUGAACAUCCUGCACGCUGGGGGCAGGUCAGCAAUGCCUAUGCCAGUCUUCUGGAUAUCACCCCUACCAUUUUGGAUUGGUUCUCUGUGCCAUAUCCCAGCUACAGCCUCUUUGGGAAGCGGAGGGUGCAACUCACAGGGAAGUCCCUGCUGCCAGCCCUGUUGUCAGAGCCAUCGUGGGCAACUGUCUUUGCGAGCCAGAGCUUGCACGAGGUGACUAUGCACUACCCCAUGAGAGCUGUGCAGCGUGGCUCCCUGCGUUUUAUCCACAACCUGCAGAACCGCGUGUCCUUCCCCAUUGACCAAGAUUUCUAUGUUUCACCCACAUUCCAAGACUUGUUGAAUAGGACUCAGGAAGGGCAGCCCACCCACUGGAACAAGACAUUGCACAGCUACUAUUACCGAGAACGCUGGGAGCUCUAUGAUCACAGCACGGACCCCACUGAAAGCAGGAACUUGGCUUCUGACCCUCGCUAUGCUCAGGCUCUCCAGGAGCUACAGGGGCUUCUACUGAAGUGGCAGUGGGAAACGGAUGACCCCUGGGUGUGUGUGCCUGACGGGGUCCUGGAAGAUAAGCCCAGCCCCCAGUGUCGGCCUCUCCACAAUGAACUGUGAUUUGAGUUUCUUGUGGUUGCUAUGACUUCCUCAUGCAAAACAACAGCAGAAGGAAAAGAGCUAAAGCAGGCUUCUGUUUUAACUUGCAAACUUUGCAGUAUGUACAACUGAAUACUUAUGAGGUUGCAGUUAGGGGAAGGACAGCUGUUGUCAAAUGCCAGAGUGUGGCUUCUGCCCACAGAAAGGGAAGCCGAUGUUCUAAGAACUAAAAUAUAUCCACCAACUCAGGCAGAACACCCUUUCCAAAAUAUUUGCUGUCAAAGAGAUAAGAUAGCUGCCAGAUGGAGCAGAACAUUCUGCAGGCAGCACUUACCCCAUCUAGAUCAGUAGAAGAUGGGCCAUCCAGACUGUGGUUUAUCAAAAAUAGUGCCUUUCUAGGAAUCUGAAAAGGACAGAGCCAGCUCAAAACUUCACAGGAGCACUUCUUCGUCCUCUCACAGCAGUCUGCACCACCUUAGAACACAUACAUGGGAACAUUAUUUUGAAAGCAUUCUCUCCUCAGAUUUCUGCAUAUGUGGAAAGCUGGUGGAGAGAAGGCAGCAUGCUUGAAAGCAAGCAGUCCUUUGUCUGCAAGCUGGGGUGGUACAGGCACAUAAGACAGCUGAUCCAUAUUAAAAGCAAUGUAGUUCAGUUGGGCUAUUGAAGUGAAUCCUAGACUAAGCAACCAUGUAGCUAAAACCACUGAGUCAACAAAUGAGGAAGCAAGUGGUUACAAUGCUGAUGUCGCUGGUUCUCAGCAGGCUGCUUCACUGCGUCAUUCCUUUGCUGAAAAUGGGAACAGCAACAAGAACAGCUGAUGGCUCCUGAUGGUUGCCUGUUCUAGGGAGAAGGUGAAAACUCAGAGUUGUAGCUCAGAGUCACUGGUGCGCACACCAACAAGAAGCAGGAAAUAUAUGAAAUGAUACCAAGAAUUUUAAUUCAAUGCCAUUAUAAUUCAGGUAGAGCCAUCUCUUUACAUGCUGCUUUACAAAAUGAAAUAAAAUUUGACACAUUUUUUUAAA